UACUUGUUAUUGUGUCGCUCUCGCCAAAGAUUAUUUAGCCAGUAAGCUUGGCCGGUCAAUCGUGGUGUUGUUAAUGUCCGUUGUAAUUGGUCAAGUUCUAAUUAGGUAAUAAUAUUUUUAAAUUCUGCUGGGAAUUACAGCUGUUGCCUUCGAUGAGUGUUAUUAGUCGAUUUUCUACCGGCUUCGUUACAAUAUUUUUUCAAUACAAAAACUGUGCGGUUUACAAAUUAUAUUUUUGAAAAUAUUUCACAAUCGGGUUACUUUUCAUUUGUGCAUACAAUUUUAACUACACCAAUAAUCGUCACCGUACCCAAUAUCAAUAUGUUUUGUUGCGGUAUUUGCAACACAAUGUUAACGGGAAUAUACCCGGAAAGCGUUCACGCUACUCCUUGUGGCCAUUUGUUCCAUACAAAGUGUAUACUGCUCUGUUUACGUAGAUCGCUGAAGUGUCCGUAUUGUGCCGUUAAGGUUUGUGAAACACAAUUGAUCAAACUGCAGUUCCAAAUCGACCCCGGCUGGAAAGAUACUAUAAAUUCGAUCAAGGCCAACAACAGUAUCAUUAACUUGGACGAAUCGUUGAACGUUGGAAACGACUCCAAGUGCGACGCUAGUCUAAUUAUAAUCGAUCCAGACGAAUCAAACAUGUCUCUGACGGAUCUCUUUAAAACGAGCGCUAGGACGAAAAUAACGACCUCGAUAUCGUCAUCAAGCCUUAGCGAAUCGACACAAAGUCUGUUGUCUGUUUUGUGCGAAAUAAUACCCAACUCGGCCGUACACUGUCGCUUCUUCGUGAACGAACACAGUUUGAUCCAGAGUUCGACGGAAGAAGGGUACAGUCACUUGUUGAUCGUUAAAUUGUACAUGGGCAACCCCACCGGUUUGGUUUUGAUCGAUAUGAUCCAUAGUCUUAAAAUGAACGUUACGCUGUUGAAUUUCAAGGACCAAGACGAUUUUCUACUUAACGCUCAUAAAAUAAAAACUGACACGAAUCGUACAUUAAUCACAAUGAAAAAAGAGAACAACGAUAAGGACUUCCAGAGGUUUGCCCAUUUUGUCAUAGAUUUUUUCAAUGACAUUUUCCAACAAAAAUUGAAGAAUGUUCCCGAAAUAUCUUUGAUAAGUUGUAAUAAUUGUAACAGUGUAACUUUCGAACACAGUUCCAAGCAUCUUAAAUUAUCUAUGGCGCCAUCUGAAAUUAUACCUAUAGUUAAUUAUUGAUACAUCAUUUUGUAUUGUACAUAUUUUUCAUUAAUUGAUUUUGAAAAUCGCGGAUUUAUUUAAUUUUUUAAAUUAUAUUUUACACUAAGU